AGAUUUGGGACGCGGCCCGGGGGAGAGUACGCCGCAGUGCCAGGACAGGGACGCGAUGACCUCAGCUUGAACCUGACAGCAGGAAAUACACGGAGCAGGCGGCGGUUCACACGCAGACAGACGAGCGGCAUUCAGCGACGGCGGCACAGGUUUUCAAUUUCCACCGCCUAAUAGUUGCUUAUCGCUGUCAUUUUUAGUCACGAAGCGAACAAAGAGCGAGAUAUUUGGAACCGAAGUGGCGCCGGCGGCGAGCGAUGCACACGAUGCCUAGUCAACUUGAUAACAUGACGUCUAGAAAAAGGAAGCGCAGCUCUGAGGUCAGAGCCUCUAGGAAGGUUUCUGCUUUGGAGAAGAAAAACUGUAAAAGCCAGAAGAUGCAUUUGUCGCCAGAGGACAGUUCAGCGCUGAGAACAUCCAGAUCCACAGAUAAACUGUCUCGUAUCAGCUGCGAAUGCCACGAGACUGCUAACAAGAGGAGGUGCCUGGGUUCACCCGAGCUCGAAGGUCAGGAGGGCAAAGAGAACGAGCUGAGGUCAGAGCAGGAGGUCAGCAGCUGCAAAGCUAACAGCGUCAUGGAGGAGCAGGUUCCUGAAUGUGUGGAACUUGAAAACAGUAGCAGAGUCUUAUUCCCAGAUGACGACAGUAAUCAAAUCCUUCCUGUGGAGCAGUUCUUCGGGAACUUGGAUAUUGUACAGGACUUUCCUCAGAGAUCACCUGCUACUUCUCCCAGCGCUCGAAGGAAGGAGAGGUUUCGGCAUUACUACGCACAGGAAGACAGCGAUGGCGAAGAGGUGAGCCACGGCGGCCUCCCACAAGACGACAGAGCCGGCACUUAGCGAAGAGCCGGUCAAAAUGGAACAACAUCCCAGCACUUUGGAACAAGCGACAACAAACUACCUGCUGAUUCUGCAUUCAGUCGGUCCUCUUCAUCUGUCGAAGUCUCAGCGCCAUCACUGAUGCGAGGAUAAUGAAGGGUGGUUGGUGGUACUGGCUGUCAAAUAAAUACUUCAUUGGCAGUGUUUCUAGCUGUGUUAAAGUGCGAUUGUAAACACAGAAACGUUCUUCACUGACAGCAUCCGGUUUGGUGCCGGAUGUUUUUAAGCUGUUUUCUCACAUGCCAACAAUCAGUAAAUAAUUUUAAUAUGUAAGCAAACACACAAGUGCUUUUUGAAACCGUAUUAAGAUUUGCAUAUACUCUCAUAAAUCCUUGCUCGAUUGUAGCUUACUUUCUUCAGAGCUCUCAGCGGCACUUCAGGAGAUAUUUUAAAAAGAACAAAAUAUAAUGACAACAGAUUGACUAGAAAUGCAUCAUUCAGAAUCUUCCUGCCAAUUUCCAAUUUUUGCAAAGCUCCAAGCUUAAGUUGAAUGUUGAUUGUAGCCAAUUAAGUUUUCCCUCCAGGAGCUUUCAGAAGAUCCAUUUGUUGUCCUUCCAUAAGCAUCUUAAAAUUGAAAGCGUAGAGUCUUCUUCUUUCUUAACUUCCAUGCUGAAGUGUUAUUGUAACACCUGGCCUGUUUUUUUUUUUGUCGCACUUAUUGAUGUGGUAAAAAAAAAAAAAAAGAUUAAAUUUGUCUGGUCAGAGCCAGUCAAAUUGAAAAUCUGCUGCUUCUCUUUUUGAGUAUUGAUUAGCUGAUGCAAAAUAUCAAUGUCAAGGUGCUCUGAAUGACAAUAUUUCUGCUUCAGGCAGUGUACUUUAAAUUCUGGAUUGUGGAAGGGCUGAACACAAAUCUGAUACGGCAUCGUUUUCCUAUCAUUUGAAAUAAACUACUCACUUAAAAGUUGAAUAGUUUCAACCCAGUCCUUUAACUUUCUACAGGCAGUUUGUAUACGUGCUGUAUACUGUACUGUCAUUUCAGGAUUGCUGUAAUGUUACAUAAUCCUGCUGUAUCAUAUCAGGAUUCAAUCACUUUAACCUUCACUCCAAGAUGCCAAAUAUUGCUGAAUUAAACUUAACAUUUUAAGGGUGCUUGUAUAACAAAUUAGUUUAUGGACUGAUGAAAAUGUCAUUCAAAUUACAGCAGAUUGACAAAUAUGCAAACUUAUAACUCCUCACAACUUAAAUGUUAUGAGGAAAGAAAGAUGGAGAACACCCAAAGAGCAGAUCUGUUUAUUACAAGGUCAGAGAUGAAUGUCAUAUUCCAGCCAUUUUUCACCAAGUGUCUAAAAUCCAUCCUUAAAGGUUUUUGGCAGCUUUGUAACAUAAUGUCUGUAUGUAGAUAAAAAAAUGUAUAUAUAUAUAUAUGUAGACACACACACCAGUGCAGCUAAUUAUUCUUUAUAUUCCUACUGUUUAUAGUUGCUAAACUUAUUAGAUGACAAAGUUGAUUUUUCUGCCUAAGAAUCUGCAGUUUAACUAGAUUUGAACAAACUUGAUUGAGAAAUAUAACCUUAACAGGUUAUCUGCAAUUGCACUAGAACUAUAGCCACAGGUUUUUGUAUAUAGCUGAUUUAUCUGACCACUUAACAGAAAUAUUGUAUAUUACUGCCUUAUUUAUGUAAAAAUAAUUAACAUUUGUCUUCAGUGUGUAACUCAGACUGCUUGAAUGUCUCAUUAUUUGGGCAACAUUCUUAAUCCAUCCAUAUAUUUGACAUGAUUGUGCCACACAAUACAAUAAAAAGCUUUUCAUGAUUUACAAAA